UGCACUCAAUUGUCCGUAAUGGGUGAAGCGGUAUCUCAAUGCAGUGUCGUAAAAUGAUUUACGGCCAUCACAACCGUAAAAUGCUAAUUCGAGAAAAAUGUUUUACAGAUAAAAUAUGUUUUCCCAUUUUUUGUUCAAAUCAGACACCAAAAAAUCUGAAUACCAAUUUGGGGAAAACAUUUUCAGCCCAAACAAACAGAGCUUCUUCUUCUUCUUUUUUUCCUCGAAAAAAACAUGCAGAGCUCAUGCAGCAUUCUGGAAAUGGCAUAGAUCCACCAGUUGCGGAUUGUAUCUUGCUGGAGAAAAAAUGGAGAAAAAAUCAUGGGUUGUCACUCUGAUUACACAGCUCUCACUCUGCUUUGGUCUCUUUCUUGUUCUAAACAUUGGCCGCCCUCAGUCUCAGAAGCCCAUUUACCAGAAGAAGAGCAGUGACAGGCCACCUCUUGAUAUUCACUUCGUCAGUGUCAGGGGAGGGUUUAGGCCUCUUGAAGAACAGACCCUUCUUCUCAAACAAGUGGAGAAGGUGGUAAAGAUAUGCAAGGCAGAGUUUGUGGUCGACAUUAGUGAACUUGGGGAGAAAGAUCCACUCAUGCAGAAUGCUACACGAUCUUUUGAGUCACUGAAAGUUCCCUGGUACACAACUACAGCUUUGGAUAGGCAAGGAUCAGAUUAUUUCCUCAAGCGGGUGAAAACUUCCCACGGGGCAACGUUCGAUCUCAUUGCCCUGAAUACUGGUUCGCUACAAGAUCGUCCAAGUGGCAAAGGAAGAGAUCAACUACACUGGCUGACAAGGAUACUAAAAGCAAGCAACAGUAACUGGUGCAUUGUUGUUGGAUUCCACCCAAUGGAGGCUUGUAACACAACAAUUGAGCAAAAUGAGACAAAACAAGUUCCUGUCUCUCUCUACACCAUAUUCCAUAAACAUGGAGUGAAUGCAUACUUGAGCGGCCAGGCUUAUGCUAGACUCGACAAAGGGCUUGAUUUUACCCCUAUCAACCAAAGACUGGUUUCCCACAGAGAAAAAGGUACCGGGUUCCUUCUCCACAGAGUGAGCUCCCUAGAGAUGGUGACCUAUUUCAUUUCCUUGACGGGGGAAAUUGUGCACAAAAUUGUACUCCAACAACAGGGUAAGGAGUUCAUGUAAAUUCAUCCCAUCAGCAUCAGUCCUGUCCAUUCUUUGAAGUUGCUAGUGCUACGCAAUUUCUUCACCAUUUUCCCCCAUACUUUCUCGCAUCAGUGCCUUGUAAAAAAAAAAAUUUUGCCAUAUCAAAUCUGCUUUUUAACACAACCUUUGCCUUUUUGACAUCAGCAGUGAGUUCUAUAAUGAGCUUUAUUUUCCCUUAGUUUUAAGCGUUGUAUUAUUACCAUUUAUUUGCGAUUAAGAGUGCAAAUGAGAUUGAGCGCUUGCUCUUAUGUAAAAAAAUAGCACGUCCGUGCUCCCAUCACAGAAGUGCUGCCUCCAUAAUAUUGUUUUACGGAUACAUUGAUACUUGUUUGCUCUUGCGGAUGUGUGUUAUGUUUUCACUUAGAAACUAAAAACGCACACGCAGAUACUUAUAAAACUCAAAAAUAGCUC